AUGGCGUGGGGCUGCGCGCUCUGCCUGGCGCUGGCGGGCGGCGCCCUCCUGGCCCUGCUGGUGCAGCUGCUCCGCUGGCUGCGGGCCGACGGCGACCUCACGCUGCUGUGGGCCGAGUGGCGGGGGAAGAAGCCAGAAAAUGAACUGCGUGGCAAGGUUGUCUGGGUGACAGGAGCUUCAAGUGGAAUUGGAGAAGAAUUGGCUUACCAGCUAUCAAAGAUAGGAGCCUUGCUUGCCAUCUCAGCAAGAAGAGAGGAUGAGUUGGAAAGAGUGAAAAAGAAAUGCCUUCAGAUUAGCAACUUGAGUGAAAAAGAUAUCCUUGUUCUGCGUCUUGACUUGACUGAUAGAAGCUCUCAUGAAGCUGCAACCAACAGUGUUCUUAAGCAUUUUGGCAAGAUUGAUGUUUUAGUCAACAAUGGUGGACGUUCCCAACGGUCUCUGUUCAUGGAUACAAACCUGGAUGUCUACAGUGCCAUAAUGGAACUCAACUACCUAGGUACAAUCUCUUUAACAAAACAUGUCCUGAAUCACAUGAUCCAAAGGAAAAAAGGAAAGAUUGUUACUGUGAGCAGUGUGAUGGGUAUCAUGGGAGCUCCUCUUGCCUCUGGGUACUGUGCCAGCAAGCAUGCUCUGCAGGGUUUUUUUAAUUCUCUUCGGACUGAGCUGACUGACUACCCUGAGAUAAGUAUUAUCAACAUAUGCCCGGGGCCUGUACAGUCUAAGAUCAUACAAAAUGUCUUUACGGAGAAUCUUGCAAAGUCCAUAGAGAACAGCGGUGAUCAGUCCCACAAGAUGCCAACAGACCGCUGCGUCCGGCUCACCCUGGUGAGCACAGCCAACGACCUGAAGGAGGCUUGGAUCAGCGACCACCCCUAUCUGGCCGUUUGCUACCUCUGGCAGUAUGCACCCACUUGGGCGUGGUGGCUGAUGAACAGAAUGGGCAAGAGGAGGAUACAGAACUUUAAGAGUGGAGUGGAUGCUGAUGCCUCUUACUCAAGAAAGAAGAAGUAAGGACAAACGUGUACAAAGUCCAGCUGUUCUUGUGCUAAGGCUGAGAAACAUUUUUCAUAUUGCGUGACUGCAAACAAAAGCUUUUUUUUAAUCUGUUAUACCUUUGUCAUCAUGUAACUUGACAAAUCUAUCAAGCUCUGUGCACAUGUGACUAAAUAAAAAUCUCUUUCUAAACAUACCUGUUUCAUGUCAAACUCCCAUAGGCUGAGUUUUUAAGCUUACAAGAACUGAGACAGAAGAGGCCAGGCAGCAUUACUUUGUUUUUUCUGCUGCUAUGACAUUGGCAAAUACAUGGUGAGCAGGCUAAAAAUUAUAUACCCAUAGGAUCCUGUUUCCCUCACUUUUCCUUCUAAUGGACCUUGAGCAAAAAUAAAACCCUCCCAUGGUAGAAGCUUGUGGCAUAAAGGGUAAGGAUGUAGAGUCAGUGUUUGUGAUGUUAAAUCUCUUGAGCAUCAUGGAGAGAGGAGCAGGGAAAUGUUGCUGUAGCAGAACAGCCUGUAGCUACAAUGAGAAAUUCCUUUCCCAGCAGAUUGCUUCCAGCCAAGACACCAGUGCUCAUGUCAGAGCUGAGUUAGGGCAGAUAGUGCAGUAUAGGCAAUUUAAGCAUGAAACAGAAGCUGAGGUCCCAGCUCAGUCAGAAACAGGUCCUUCCAUACAGAACUGCUAUCAACAGUACUGGUGUUCUUGGUGCUGGACAGCAGCAGCCCUGAGGAACCAAGGAUUGUUAUUUUAAAAAUGUUCACCAUCCCAUUGACAGCCAAUUAAUUUGUUAGCUAAAAGCACUUCUGUAGUGGUAACUCGUCUGUCCUUAUGAACUUGCUGUUGACAAAGUUCUCAGUAACAUUUGGAUGUACCUCAGGCCCCACCCUAUCCAGGAAAAAUUCUUACUACUUGUAUCACUGAGUGAUAAUGAAAGAAUAACAACCCAUUUAAAAUUACUGAAACUUUCCACCCAUAGCAAAGAAUAAGCCAAGGGUGAUGUUUUUAACAUGACAUUUAACAAAGAUGGAAACUACUGUCUAGGGAAAAAAAAGACUGAUCAAAUGAUGACAAGUGUCUCCUUUCACGCUGUUCCUGUACUGUGGUUUGUGAAAUGUGCUGAAGAGGCAGCAGUAAGGCUGCGUGACCAAAUGCAGCAACUCUUAAUACAACACACAUGCAGAUGAUGUUCAGAGGAUGCUUCAGCUUCCAUCCUGUAAUCCACAGAAGGUUUGGCGGUAUUGCACCCAGAAGAAAGCUUGCUCUCAAUUUACGUACAGGUUUCUCUGCUUUUUCACUACCAAAAGUGUACGCCUUUGUGCUCAAAGAGGUUGCUUCUCUUGCUUGAGCUAAAGGCCAGCUGCUGCUAGACGUGUAAACACAGACCCACCGUCAUGGACUAGGCACGAGAAAGAACAGCAUGGAAGGAGCAAGAGUAGAGAUGAGGGGUGGCAAGGAAGUUACCUCUUUCAGAGAAGAAGCUGAUGUUUAAGGAAAAUGCAGGAAGUAGACUCCUUCCAAAAGGGACAAAGCAUU